AUGUCUCUAGACUACUCUUUCUCGUUUGGUCCAACGACCCCUCCUCAAUUCUCAUAUGAAGAGGCUCUCAAUGACGCUUCAUUCGUCAUGGGUCACAGCCGCUCAAGCUCUCACGCUUCGGCUUCAAUGUAUUCUCAAGAAUCGUCACCAGAACCUUUCACUACAACUGGCAUGACUACUCCAGCUCGCUCUCCAAUCCGCCAACAUGGCCCUCUCUUGCUCCCCAAAAUCCGCCCACAAGAUCAAGAGAUUCAGCCAUCACCACCAAAGAGAUCCAAGACAGCCAUGUCAUCAACUCGCUAUAGACCAACUCACAACCGAAGCUAUACCAACCCAGAAUCAAUCUCUUUCAUGCCACAGUCAGACAACUUCCCAUCACACACCCGCUCAAUGUCUACUUUGUGCUCACCAGUAGCAUUUGCACCAGCUCAUGAGCGUAGAGCCUCAAGUGUUGGCCUUGAUGGUCAAACUCUAGAGAAAUUCGGCUUCCCAACAUACCGUCAGAUGCCAUCAUACGUAUCCAACACUAAUCAGCCUGAAACUUUCGUGCCAGCAUAUUACCAAACUCCACAGCGCACUCCAUCUCCUCUUCAGAACAGCUGCAUCCUCGAAGAAUCACUGGCAGUUUCGCCAAUUGAUGAUGGCAACAACACCACCUUGAUGACAUACCUCUCAUCGCCAAACCCAGCGCCAGCUCUAGUCCGCCAACUCAACAUCCAUCUCCGAGACUCAAAUACCAAGCACUUCUGGUGGGACAUCCGACAAAUCCGACCAUGGACAUCCUUCAACCCAACCACCAUCUCUUCCGUCCCAGGUCUCUCCGCCCUCCUAAACAUCAACCUCCCAACCUCCACCUUCCCCAUCCCCUCCCGCACCUCCCUCCAACCAGAAACCGAAUCCGACCUCCAAAACAUCUACACAACCUUCUACGGCACCAAACUCAACGCCGCCCUCUCCCUCUCCCUCGGCACCCGCCACAUCAUGAUGCGCGCCUCCAAAUCCGCCACCGAGCCCUCCUUCAUCUCAAACUACACCGACGACACCUCGGCCCUCAUCUUCGGCCGCGGCCUCGGCCGCGUCGUCGGUCUCGUCAAGUCCUUCGACCGCUGGAACACCGGCAUGCGCGUCGAAGGCAACCACCGCAAAGUCGAAUACCUGCGCGGUCUCUCCCACCUGCACCAACACAUGCGCUCCCACGGCUGCCGCUACGGCUUCAUCAUGACGGAGAUCGAACUCGUCGUCGUCCGCAACGGCGGCGAAUCCACCCCGCAUUUCGGAUACCUCGAGAUCCAAACGAUCCAACUCAACGCGCACGAUUCCCCGGAAGUGAACACCUCCUUUGACGGCUCGUAUGAUGAAGAAGAGGUUAAACCCCCGAAAAUGACAGCCCUCCUCGCGCUCUGGUACCUCCAUAUGCUUGCGCGAGAUGAUACGCUUCCUGGGCAGGUCGGCUGGAAAUCGGAGAUUGGGGCUCCGGCGGAGGGGACGAGACGGAAGUGUCUGCCGAAAGAUGAGUGGAUCCCGGAACCGCAGCUGGCGGAGAAGAGGGAGGCGAAGAGGGCGAGGGGGUGGGUGUGGCCUGAGGAGAGCGUGGGGAGGAAGGAGUUGGGGAAGAGGGGGGUGAGGUAUAAUUGCUAG